AUACCACUUCCGGUGACCUCAUUUGCAUAUUUUCGUCGGUGGAAUGGCGGAUUUGAAAUUUAAACAGAAUUCUGCAAACUUUUGAAAGAAUAUAACGGAUUUAAAGCAUAUCGGUAUAAAUGACUGGUAGAUCGUCAUAUCCAAACAUGCUCUUUAAUUCAAAGACACGAUCACAUGUACCACCAACGACACAACGUAGAAGAUUAACAAAAAGUGCAGCUACUGUAGACGGUGAAUAUGACCCAGAUUUGGCGUUGGCAAUUCAAGAAAGUUUAAAGCAAGCCGAAAUAGACGCGCUUAAAGCUAAGGAAAAACAAAGUGAUACCUUGUCCAAAAUUGAAAACAAUAUGGGAAAAGAAAACAGAACUCGUAAAAUGUCAAAUUCUUCAGGAACGCUGGAGUUGUCGUCUGAAACGAAACAGUUGAAAGAUCUCGUCUGUGUUCACAUGGAUUUGAUACAACAACAACAGGAUGUCAUUAGUCAAAAGGAUAAAACUAUUAAAACAUUAAAAGCAGAGAAUAAUGCGUUACAAUGUCGUCUACAAAGGAUGGAGCGACGCAUGGCAUUGCUCAAGCAGAAAGAAGAAAUGGCUGGUUCCACACAUAUUGCGACCUCACCUCCUCCAAAGCCAGGCACCAUGAGUUACACAGAACCAAUCAUCAGCCCGCUUGAGAAACAGCCUCAAAAGAGGAAAUUUGAAACCAAUUUACAACCAAGGAAAAGUUUCGAGCUGCCAAGACCUAGUCCGUUGAAAACUCCCAGUUCAAAUGUUGAGUUAAAUAAAAAUAGACAUCGUGAAUCUCAUAGAAAAAGAAAGAUAACAUCAGUUCAGACUGGGGAGGGUGAGGAUAAUACCUUGGAAACAAACAAUUUAUAUUUUGUGUCUUAUUACGAGCCAGUCUCGGAUGAGGUCGAAGUCGAUUUACCAUCAGAGUUAUUAAAAAGUGCCCAGAAUCAGAGUAGCAUUGAGACACCAUCGUUUAGAGUGAAGACUUUUACCAAUUUAUAUGUGAUAGAGGGAACUGAAGAUCAUGAAGACGAGACAUUUAUGAGAAGACACCAGAAACCUGAGAUUGAAGAGAAAAGAAGAAAAAGAUGGGAUGAUCAGAGAAUGCGUGAAGAGAGAAUGAAGGAAAGGUUACGACAGAAACAAGAAUCUCGCCACAAAUAUCGUAAACCGGAGGAUCCAGUAGAGUCUUUCUAUCCAUGUCUAGAUGAUAUUACACAUAUAGAAGUACAAGAUAAAAUACCUGUCACAGCUUUUGGCCAACCUAUACCAUUCUCAAAGACCGAAUCGUUCACGUUACCAUGGAGUCCUAAACCCACCUCUACUUCAUCUCAUCGUCAUCGACAAAAGUGAUACAAGUGAUCAUCUUAGGCCAAGCCAUUUUUACAUGAUUCAUCAUUGGUUUACAUGAAUGUGUUUCCUCAUCUAUGUGUAUAAAUGAAAGAAAACGACUUUACCAAAGAAGUUUAAUGACAUGACAAAAGUGAUGUUUAAUUAAUAGUAAGACAGGCAGUAUUAGGAGAACAAAAAACAAAAUUUGAUUUGGGAAGUGUCGUAGAUUUUUAAAAUAUGGAAACUACUAGGGUGAUCUGUAUAUAAUGUUCUCAACUGUUUGAAAAUUAUAUUUUGAUUUGCCUCAAGGUUAUGAAUACUAAGCAUGAAAACAUUCAGUUGAAAGAAAUUUUCUUCUAUUUUUGUUUGUACAUUUUAGUUGAACUUGAUACAGGAAAGAUAAUUCUGAGUUGACACAUUUUAUUUUUUAAAAAGUUACCUUUUUCUGUUUAAGAUAUUAACUUUUUGACGAAUUGAUAAUACAGUGUUAAAUAUUUGUUAAAUAGUAUCUUCCCUUGAUUAUAAUUUACUGUUUUAAAAUGAUACAAAAAAUGCCUCUGUUUUUGUUCUUCAGUGAUCAGAUAUAUUGAAUAAUUGCAUUUUGAAGAGGUUACCUCCCUUAGUUAUUGAUAAAUAUUUAACCUUAAGUUUGCACUACCUAUCUUAGCAGUAUGAAUCAAGAUCAACCAGUACAUCUGUGCAGUGUUCAAAUGGUCUACACUAUUUGCCUUUCAGUCAGUACUUAUUUUGAAAUUUUCCAUAAAAAUGAUUGAAUGACAAACAAGUUCAUUUAAGAUAUCUCUGGUGAUUAGGAUAAAUAAAUGGUUAGAUAAACUGUACUUACAAAUUUUGUUCUCGAAUUGGAAGACUAAAGAGUAAUGUUUUUUUAAGAGGUUAUUUCCCUUGAUUUUUUGCUCUGAUGGUAAAUGUAUUUAUGAGGUUACCUCCCUUUGAUAUGUAUUUUCUUUGCAAAUAAUGUAUUUUUGCACUGAAAUGGUAAAUUGAAAUGUUUAUACAUUUUUCCUACCGUGCAGCAGACAUUUUCACAAAAAAUCUUACGAUUUAUCUUAAGUUUUUCACUUACGAUAAUCGUAAGUUAAAUCUUAAGUCAUUUUCACAAAGCCACUCGUAAGUUAAAAUUUUAUCUUAAGAUAAAAAAUUCACUUACGAUAAAUCUUACGACAAAAACAUCCCUAGCAACGUUCAUUUGAUAGUGAUGUGCAUGCUCUAUAUUUGAUUCCGGUUUUAAAAUCAAGUAAUCAAGAGCUUGAAAUAACUAUUGAACACAAUCAAAUUUCAAUAAGAACAAAAAAAUGAUUCAAACUGAUAUAAUUUAUAUCUUGAUUGAAGAUAAUUAUAUAUAUCUAAAAGAUUCAGAAAGAAGGUCUACUAUGUUAUUAAUAAAUAAAAAGGUACCACUAGUACAUGCUGGCAAUGAAAUCGAACUCACCAAUUGUACAAAUUAUAAGUUUUCAAUAAUACUAGUCUACAGUAUAGUUCACAUUAUUUUAAACUAUUCAUAACCCUCUCCAUCGUGACGUCAUCAAGUCAUGACGUCACAAAUGUAUAUGUUGAAAAAUAAUUAUAGCUCAAUCUGUGUUAUUUAUAGCAUACUGUUUGCUUAAUAUUUAGUUGUCCUCCAACUUUUUGUUUGUUUUUAUUCAGUUUAGGUAAGAGAUACAUGAUAUUUUACCCUUAAGAGAGAAAAAAUUACACUUACGAACGGGGAAGACCUAUCGUAAAGUUACGACAGAUUUUGCACUUAAGAUUUUCUUAAGAUUUUUUGUGAAAAGGAGAUUUAUCGUAAGAUUUCUCUUAGGACAAAAAAUUGUCGUAAGAUUUUUUGUGAAAAUGUCUGCAGAGCAUUUUCUUUACCUCUUAAUCUCAAGAUUAUGCAAUGUUGAGGAAAUAAAAAAAGAAGAACCAAGGAAUUUAAAGUAUAAAGAUGUUCAGUGUUUUGUUACUAAAUAUAGAAGCUUAUGUCAUUGUCAUUGUUUUAGUUCAUUGUACAAAGGUCCAUGGUCUAUUUAUAACUGUUAUUUUUAUAUUUACAAAAUGUCUCUGCUGGUAAGGUAAACACUUGUUCAGACAUGAUUCUGUUUAAGUUGAAAUUUGUAAAAAAAAAAUUUGCCAGGUAAUGUUUUUAAAGCAGCAUGCCAUGUGAGCCAUGCAUAUUUUCAUCUAAUUCAAAAUGUAUUUAAAUGUGAAAUAUUGAGAAUUGAAAUAAGAAAAUAAUUCGCACAUUGCAAACAACACCUACAAUCCAUGUAAAUUAGCUGAAAGACUUGAGAAGUCAAAAUUUGCAAAAUUAGCUCUUAAUGUAUUAUUUAUACAGUAGAAAUAUGGUGAUAGAUAUUUCAAAAAAUUAGUCACAAAUAGCAUAUAACUUGAAUCUUGAAUCUUUUUUACUUUUCUUAAAAAAAAAAUUUCACCUAAAGGCAUGCAGCUUUGAAUUAAAGUUAAAACCAGGCAUAUCUCUUAAUUUACGCAAUAGCCAGUUUGCUAUUGUGUUUGCGUUUUUUGCUCAAUAUGGCUUUAAUUUUGGUGGAUUUUGUCAAGUAGCAUCAAAUUUCAGAAGAAAAAGAUAAAAAAUUAUGUACUAUAUAAUAUUUUGUGCAUGCUUAGGCAGGGAAUAUUUAAGUAGGUUAAGAAAAUUGUUAAAUUGUUGAUAUGAAGUAAGUUUAUAGAACAUUCUUGUUUGGUAGCAAUCUUAUUAUGUUUAGUUAUUUGUGUACAUGAAUAUCAUGCAUAAUGAAAACUUAAAAAAGUGAAUUGAUAUAUAAUUAUCAAGGUGUUAAGAUGCAUAGAAACUUGUACAUUAAAAUACAUAAUACAUGUAUUGUGGAAAUGAAUAAUUAUUUUUCCUAUAACUGUUAAACUUUAAGGAUGAAAAAAAGAUACAACAUUUUUUUCCAGUAUUUGUUAAAUAGGCAGUAAGAAUCUGAUGCGAUUUGAACAGAAUUUUCAAAAUUUUGGUCGACAUUUUAACGAUUCAUAUUUUCACGUUUCAUAUUGAGUUUCACUUGAUCAUACCAGGUGUAUGCAUGGAUGUUUGUGUGAAAAUCAUUUAAUUGUCACAUCUCAUUCUUGUAUGAAAGUACUGUUUAUUGUUGUUUUACUAAAGAUUCUUACAUAUCUCUAUUAUUCUAUUUGUUCAUUGUUUCGCUUUAGCAAUGUGAAUUUUU